GCCGGCUCGCCCCCUCCCCCCACGUCCUGAUUGGCCGGAGGCUCCCGCCCUCCCCAACAUGGCGGCGCCCGGUGAAGGUGCGGGCUGCGAGGACUUCGCCGAGUUCCAGGAGUUGCUCAGGGUGAUGAGGACAAUUGAUGACAGGAUAGUCCAUGAAUUAAAUACUACACUUCCAACAGCUUCCUUUGCAGGGAAAAUCGAUGCCAAGCAAACCUGUCGAGAGCUCUACAAAUCUCUGAUGGAGGCUCAUACCAGCAGGGAGAGGAUGAUCAAAACUUGCAUUGCUCAGACUUCCAAUGUAGUAAAAGCUCUCCAAGAAGAGAGAGAGAAGGCUGAGAAUGAUAUAGCAUUGUUAAAGCAACUGAGAAAAGAGCAGACAAAGUUGAAAUUGAUGCAGUCAGAGUUGAAUGUUGAAGAAGUGGUAAAUGACAGAAGCUGGAAGGUUUUUAACGAGCGCUGCAGAGUUCACUACAAGCCUCCAAAGAGCCAGUGAUGCAAGGAAGUUUCCUAUGAAGGUGGUCUACAAUCAUGAUCAAAGCUGGAAGAGACAUAGGACAAACUGUAUGGGACCUUUCCAGAACCAGUAGAACCCAGUCUCAUUGUUUUCACUUAGCUGGAAUCUUAAGUUUAAGUGAUUCUCUUAAUUGAGAGAAACCAACUCCUAUUUUGUACGAAAUAUGUGAAACCACUUUUAUAACUAAUAAAAUGAUUUUCAGACCAGAUCUGA